AUAACUUUUUACCGGAUAUGAUUCCUCUUUUGCUUAGAUUUUUAUCGAUAGUGAUGAUUUGAUUAUAUUUUCGUUGGAUUUUGACAACUUCAGAAAAGCUACCAAGUCUCUGUGUUUCUGACUAAACUUGUCUGUGUUUUUUUUUUUUAUAAUACCUCGCUGUUGAGUAAUGAGUAUAAUACUCUGUCUUUCAGACCGUUCUUUGCUAAAAAAAACGUCAUUUAAAUGGUAGAUCAUCAUUAGGUCUGAAAUGGGGAAGCAUUUAAAAAACGAGAAUUCGAGUCCAAAACAUGGCAAAGACAAUCACAAAUCAGGAUGGUUAGCUGGAAUGCUUCAUGUGCUUGACUUUCACCAUUGGAGAACUAAGAACCGACCAAUCUGUUGGAAGACCCCACGAACUCAUUCCUUGAUGCGUGGUGAAACAGAGGAACAUGAACCGUUUCUUGAUUCUAAGGAUGAAGAUUCAAAGAUAGUUAAUGUUGUUGCAGAUAAUAAUAAGCCAACGAGACCAGAAGCAAAACUGAAGAAGAUGAUGACUACAAAGCAAGUAACUGAGUACGUUGAUUUUCUUGAAAUCCUGAGAAAGGAAGAUGUUUUUGUCAAGAUAAUGAAAGAUCAAGUCCAGAUCAAGUCUAAUCCAAGAGUUUUGCCCAAGUCAGGCUCGUUUCCUAUCUCACGCUCUCCAAGUCCUGCUAGAAUCGAUCACAAGCAGAAGGAGAACUGGUAUUCUCCAAACCAAAACAGUGCGGUUUUGAAUCUGAAUGUUCCAAGAGACACUUCUCAUCAAGAACACAAACCAAUCUCUCCUUCUCGUGGCUCAGCUGAUGAUGAUCAUGGGUUUAACCACACUGUUAUAAACGGGUUUAGAGAAAUCAAGAAGUUGCUCAAAAACGCACUUAAAGACCGAAAUCACACAAGGAAGAACAAGAAGAAGGUUUCGGAUGUCGCGAAAGAUGAUUAUGUGGUGAGGUAUUCUCAACUCUUGGAGCAUAGUUUUAGAAGAGAAGGUGGUGGACUGCGUUCCAAGAGCUUAAAACUUUCAUAUGAAGAUAGAAAGAGUGAUUCAAGAGAUAAUAAACCGCAAUUCUUCAGACGGAUUUCGUCCUUGUCCAGUCUUGAAGUUCUUGGUUCAUUUCUGACCGACCUUCCCCGAGACAAUUCUACUUCCAACCUGGAGCCUAGGAAAUAUGUAGACCGAGAUACUAACUUUGGAUCCAAGAAAUCUUUGUUGUUAUCAGAAUCUCCCGUAAGAGCAGAGAAGGAAGAAAAAUAUGAGGUUCACUUAGACAGCCCAAACCAAAGAAUCCUCCAACAAGAUCCAGAUUCUGUUCCUAGCCCUAGUUCUUUGGAACACACUGCACAAAAGACAGAAACUUUACCCUCACAAGGUUUAGGUCUAACUUCUUUAGACAUUUGCAACCAAGAAGAAGAAGAAGAAGAAGAAGAAGAAGAAGAAGAAGAAGAAGAAGAAGAAGAAGAAGAAGAAGAAGAAGAAGAAGAAGAUGCCUACUUUUGUUAUGUAAAGAAGGUUUUAGAAGUUUCAGGCUUCCUUGACAACAAAGACAACGGAGAAAAAUGGCACUCAGAGGAACAACCACUGAAUCCAUCACUAGUAUACGAACUCGAGAUACAAGAAGAAUCAGUAGUGAACAACAGAGAACUUCUCUUUGACUUGGUUAACGAGGCAAUCGUCGAGACUCACAACCAAUCGUACAUAUACUUUCCUAAAACAUUUCCAUAUGGAAAACGUUAUCUUGAUGAGGUAUGGGGAAGAGUCGAGUGGAACCUCUCUGGUUUAGGAGCUGAGUAUAGAGAUCGUUCAUUGGACGAUAUUGUAGGAAGAGAUCUUACAAAAGCUGAUGGGUGGAUGAAUCUACGAGGUGAUUCUGAAUGGCUUACUCUUGAGCUUGAAGAUUUGAUUUUUGAUGAUGUUCUUGAUGAACUGCUUUGUGUCUAUUAGUAUUUACAAAAAGAAAAUCCCAAAUUUGAAAUUUUCAGGUAGAUUUUUGCCUUUUAUUUUUGGACAUACAUUGUACUGUAUAUAAAUAUGUGUUUGAUACAAACUUUUUGAUGAAUAAAGAAUUCUUUUUUUGUAAGCA